GGGGAUAUCGACACCGACGAGUUGAGAGGCAUCUUCAGGGACAAAGCAUGGGUUGAUUUACCUCUUGCUAUCAAAAUGAAUGGACAUCCCAACUUUGAUUACAAAUCCCAGCUCUUCACACUCAGCCAGAAUAAUGGCAAGCUCACGAUGGUGAAUUUCUUAACCAAGAUAAAACUUACACAAGCAAAAUUGACGUCGUUUGCGGUUGGCGCAUGCUAUCAGAUCGUGUGGGGUUCCGGCAACAAGGUGCUGGAGCGCAAGGCCUUUCAACGGAUGUUGCAACAGAUGGGCGGUUUGCAGUUCCGACAGGUUUCCUUGACAGGUGAAAGGAAGCGAUCUGCUUCCUCAGCGGCCUUGGGAACCUGCACCGAGGCAGAUCAAGAUGCCAGCUGGGACUACAUCAUAGAGCAUGAAGUGAGUGAUUGGGGUCAGCUCAAACAGUUGAGAUGGAUUCACAAGCACAUCAACCAGGAGGGCAGCCCCAUCAGAGGAUGGCCCGAAAAACUCGUGCCGAAAGCAUUGGAUUCAUUAGCUAAUGACGGCUGCCUUGCAAAGCUCACCAGACGGUAUGACUUGACCAUUCAGGACUUUCACCCAACCUUCUUGGAGAACAUCUUUAAGGAUGCGGCCCCUUAUCACAGUCUUUGGUUGCUUGGCGAGCCUGGUGUGGGGAAGACACCACUGGCACGUGUCACGGCUAUGAUGUUCAGUCGGUAUCACGGCGGCGGGAGGCAAUUCCGCUUCGCAGAAGACUUCGAUUUCUUCAGGGGCAUCUUCUUCAGCAAAACUACACCGGCCUUAUACGACGACGGAGAUAUUUCUGGUGCAAUAAAAGCGAAAAGACUUUUUGCGACGUUGGCAACAUUGAAGGGGUCUCGUAGGAGCGAUGGAACACCGUUAAGUUCGCGCAGGGCCAGCUCCGCAUCAUCAUCGACAACACCUGUGCCGCACAUGGAGUUAUCGCACCCGAAACGUCGAUACUCUCACAUGGUCUCACGCGAUGAUUUCAUCAAGAUGAUACUCCCAGCGAUUGGGUGUAUCUCACAUGUUAACUCCAGAGCCAUUCUGAAAAGGCGUGUGUUCAUGGUCUUUACCAAGGACAGCAUUUAUUAUCGUCCUUUCCCGGAACGACGAAUGGACAUGCGUCGUCACAAAUGGGCUUUGCAGGCUACGUUUCUUCUCAGGAGCAGUGCUUUCAGCAGCGCGUUUGGUCCUAACAAGUUCAUCGGGUUGUCGCCCCCAUCUUCUUGCACCGGCGUCUUCUCCCGCUAA